GGCAGCAGCAGGCUCGGCGCCGGCCUGUGUGUGCUGAGGAGGAGGAGGAGGCGGGCCGCUCCGGAACAGAGAAAGUGCAAAGUGCAGCGGCGCUUCCAGCAUGGGCUCUCUGCGGAUCGGGGCAGGCUCGGUGCGGCGCCUUGGCUGCUGGUACAGACCGUGGCCUGUGGCGGUGUCUCCUUGCUGUAGGGCUCGGCCUAUCGUGGAUAUGUCCUACUCACACCACUUUGUGGAUUUCCACGGCUCUAACAUCCCCAGCUCCAUGAAAAAGCUGCUUGUUACCCAGCUCAGCCCUAACUUCAGGCAGGCUGUUACUCUCAUUCCCAACGCCCCGGUGCCAGUGCCAGGGGACGGAGAGCUCCUCGUCAGGAACCGCUUUGUUGGAAUCAACGCAUCGGAUAUAAACUACUCCUCCGGACGAUAUGACAUCUCAACAAAACCUCCAUUUGAUGCUGGAUUUGAAGGCAUUGGGGAAGUUGUAGCUUUGGGCCUUAGUGCUAGUAAAACAUACACUGUUGGCCAAACAGUAGCCUAUGUUAAAGGUGGAUCAUUUGCUGAAUAUACUGUUGUACCUGCUAAAGUAGCAGUCCCAGUACCCUCAGUAAAACCAGAAUACUUAACCCUCCUUAUUAGUGGUACAACAGCUUACAUCAGCCUCAAGGAGAUGGGACAGUUAUCUGAAGGAAAAAAGGUUUUGGUAACUGCAGCAGCUGGUGGCACAGGCCAGUUUGCAGUGCAACUUGCAAAGAAAUCUAAAUGCUAUGUGAUUGGGACUUGUUCCUCAGAUGAAAAGGCUGGUUUUCUCAAAUCAAUUGGCUGUGACUGUCCAAUCAAUUAUAAAACUGAAAAUAUUGGCUCAGUACUGAAGAAUCAGUUUCCUGAUGGUUUAGAUGUUGUGUAUGAAUCUGUUGGUGGAGAAAUGUUUGAUAUAUCAGUCAAUCGUUUGUCUACAAAAGGUCGCCUUAUAAUCAUUGGCUUUAUUUCUGGCUACCAGACAUCUCAAGGUCUUUUGCCAAUUAAAGCAGGAGCAUUACCUGCAGUCUUACUAAAAAAGUCUGCCAGCAUCCAUGGAUUUUUCCUGAACCAUUACUUAUCUGAAUACAAAGAAGCAAUAAUGUCUCUACUAAAACUAUACCAAAAUGGGGAACUGAUUUGCGAAGUGGACUAUGGAGAACAGUCACCGGAAGGCAGGUUCAUCGGCCUGGAAUCUAUAUUCCGUGCAGUAGAUUAUAUGUAUACAGGGAAAAACAUAGGAAAAAUUGUAGUGGAAUUACCUCACCCUGUCAACAGCAAGCUGUAAAAACAGAACAAUGAAAUAAAUCACAAGAGAAACUGGUGCUUUCUGCCUGAGAAUUUCUAAAACAUGUUGUUCCUAAUGGAUAGUAUAUUAAAAACACUAUCAAGGUGUUGGUAAAAUGUUUUCAUUGUUAAAAUAGCUGUUUCAUUUCAAGGGCAUAGGCUUGCUGGAUUUGAUAGUUUAUGGGUUAGCUCUCGCUCACAAAACUUACUGUACUCUCACAGUAUACUACAAAUUAUAGAUUUUCGGUUGCUUUCUGUUUUUAUUGUUUGCCAUUUUGCUCAAAUUUUAAGUUUUGAAAAGAAUUAGUUUGAAUAGCAGCUCAAGAAAAGAAUGGGUUGCAGCUGGGUAUUCCAUGUAAAUGGAAAUCUUAGGCCGUUACCUUCUUCUGCAGUAGCAGCUCACUAAGCCUGAUCACUGACUCUUACUUGCUAUCAUUUGGUACCAUAUUUGAUUUUUCAGUAGCUUCAGCCCCUACCCAAGCAAGCUUGUUUUAGUCCUAAGCUCCCGGCAGCGUCUUGUUGGGAGUUGACAGCAGGCAUAGUGGCAGGGCUAAGGGCAAAUAUAAACAGUGCCCUAGCCUAUUUGGAUAAGCCUUGCCCCUUUCCACCAACUCCUGGUAUAAUUAGGAGAGCAAGCGACGUACUUUAAUAAGGGUAGUUGUGGGAAGACAAGAGAUGUCAUAUUAGUGCGGAAUAGUUUAUUUAUGGAAAACUGACACUUACCUGCUACAUGUGGAAAGUGUCAUAUCUCAUUUAAGCUACAGAUUGAGACCCAGUAUUAUAUUAUUUUUGCCACCCUUGGUAACCUGCCGCACCCUGCUGUCUAAGGCAGGGUCCUUAACAUGCCUCAUUGCUGGAGAAGCUGUGUAAGUUAUAAGAAAAAGUUUUGUGAAAGCGAACUACCACUUCAUCUUCAGAAGCCUUAAAUACAAUGCAGUCCAAGCCUUUUUGUGGCUCUAUCUUUUCUUAAUUUGGGGAAUUAAAUUGAGCUGAAGGGUCACAUUUCUAAGCAACAAUUGGAGCAUACUAUAUGUAUGUAUGUAUGUUAAUACUUACAUUUUUUCUGUUCUGCUACCUAUGUCCCUUUUGGAAUUUGGCUAUUUAGUAUUGAUAAUAACUUACAGGAGUCCACGUUCUCUUGGUAAUUCCAUAUAGUUGCAAUCUAUUUUAUGGCAUUUGAGUUAAGACAAAAAAUAAAGUUGAGAUUGAUGCAAUAAAAGUAUAUAUUAUAGAAAUAAAAGUUUAUUUUAAUGGU